UUUCGUACGGGGUUGACGUGCCCUAGUAACCGCCAUUUUGAAAAUUACCCGCGUCAAGUGAAUUUUCGCGCCAACCACGUUCGGAAUCCAGUAGCGUCCUUAUGAAGGAAGUAAUAAAAGAUAUUCCUUUUGAGCACUCAACGAUAUUGUGUUGUCGGGACAAUAAUUUCUACAGAAUACUAGAACUGUUCACUCGAGAAUGAAACGCGAUGAUUCUGUGAAGAGUUUGUCCCGGUAUAACUCAACACAACGGCCAGCCUUGACGCUUGGCUUUCGGAGCAACUCCUUGACUAUCAGCUCGCUAGCUCAGCAGUCUGCUUUCCUUGCUGAGAAGGCGCGUAACGAACCUGAUGAUCCAAAUCUUCAAGCGCCAGCUACUUCUUGGUUUCGACUUUUUAGGUUCGCGACGACAUGGGAGCUGCUGUUAUUGUUUCUGGGUGUCAUCUUCGCAUCGCUGAAUGGCCUGAUGGUACCAGUUGGUGUGAUUGGGUACGGCGAGUUCACGGCACUUCUCAUAGACCGGACGGUCAUGAACGGAACAUCCACAAAGACUUGGGCCAUCUCGAUGUUUGGUGGCGGCAGGAUUUUGAAAAAUGCAAGCGCAUCGGAGAAUCGGUUAGCCUUGAUAGAAGACUCGCAAGCUUUUGGUCUCUGUUGUUUUGUAUUCUCACUGAUGCAGUUCGUGUUCGGAGUUGUCAGUGUUGACUUGUUCAAUUACACUGCUCUCAAACAGAUAGAACGAUUGAAGGAAAGGUUCCUUAAGGCAGUAAUUCGUCAGGACAUCACGUGGUAUGAUCUUAACACCUCAAUGAAUUUCGCUACAAAGGUGUCCGAUGACGUCGAAAAAUAUCGCGAGGGCAUCAGCGAGAAAGUGCCAAUGCUGGUGUAUCUGAUAAUGUCAUUCGUGACGGCUGUGAUCAUCUCGUUCGCGUACGGUUGGGAGCUGACGCUGGUCAUACUCUCGUGUGCUCCUGUUAUCAUAGCCACCACUGCUGUUGUAGCCAAGAUUCAAUCAUCGUUAACAACACAAGAGCUGAAAGCUUACAGCGUCGCCGGAGUUAUUGCUGAAGAAGUACUCUCUGCUAUUCGAACUGUGGCAGCAUUUGGUGGAGAAGAAAAAGAAAUAGCCAGAUACUCUAAAAGACUAGAGCCAGCCCAAAACAUGGGGAUCCGUAAGGGAGUCUUCUCCGGCAUAGGAAGCGGUAUCAUGUGGUUCAUCAUUUACGCUACGUAUGCCUUGUCGUUCUGGUACGGAGUUGGUUUGAUCUUGGACUGCCGACGUGACCCCGUACCUGCAUACACGCCAGCUGUUUUAAUGAUUAUAUUCUUCAGUGUGUUACAAGGAGCACAGAACGUGGGGUUGACAGCACCACAUUUGGAAGCCAUGGCCAAUGCUCGAGCGUCUGCUGGAUCCAUAUUCGCUGUAAUGGACCGAAAGCCGCAAAUCGACAGCCUCUCUACUGAAGGGGCACGGCCGGAAUUGACGGGAGAUUUGCAGCUUAAGAACGUUUACUUUAAGUAUCCAGCAAGACCAGAUGUACAGGUCCUUAACGGUAUCAACUUGGUGAUCAAACAAAAUGAAACCGUAGCUUUAGUCGGGUCUAGUGGUUGCGGUAAGUCUACGGUGCUGCAGUUGAUUCAGAGGAUGUACGACCCGGACAGCGGCUCUGUGACAGUGUCCGGGAAUGACCUGCGAAACUUGAACGUCAGACAUUACAGGAAUCACAUCGCAGUGGUUGGUCAGGAGCCAGUUUUGUUCGCGGGAAGUAUUAAGGAAAAUAUUCGUAUGAGCAACCCAUCUUGUACAGACGAGGAAAUAAUAAAUGCAGCUAAACAAGCGUAUUGCCAUAGUUUCAUUAAAAAGUUGCCAGAGGGCUACGACACAAUGAUAGGUGAAAGAGGGGCGCAGUUGUCUGGAGGACAAAAGCAGCGCAUAGCUAUUGCUCGUGCGCUUGUACGGCGGCCGAAGAUACUGCUGCUGGACGAGGCGACCUCGGCCCUGGACUCUCACAGUGAGGCCCAGGUGCAGCGGGCUCUGGACGCAGCCUCCCAUGGCCGCACCACCGUCAUGGUGAGCCACAGAUUAGCAACAGUUCUAAACGCGACUCGGAUUGUAUUCAUCGAUAAAGGAGAAGUGGCAGAGGAAGGUACACAUGAAGAACUACUGCGACUGAAGGGACAUUACUACCAGCUUGUUCUACAAAAUGAACCGAGUAUUGCUCCCACCCCUGCUAGCGAUGAUCCUGAGAACCCAAAUACAGAAACAAAAUUGCGUAAGGUGAGGCUUCAGAAACUUGCUUCGGAAGACUCCGUUAAGAGCGACUCUGAUGAUGAGAAGGAUAUGAUAUCUGAAUACAGCGUUCAAAUGGAGCCAGAGCCGGAGAAGGAUUUUGAGCCGACAACUUGGCAGAUAUUGAAGUUGUGUGCACCAGAGAAGUGGUGGAUGAUAGUUGGUAUAAUAGCAGCCAUUGCUGUUGGAUCAUCCUUCCCCUGUUUUGCUGUACUUUUUGGAGAAACUUAUGGUUUGCUGGAAAGCCCCAACGACGACUACGUGCGGGGAGAAUCUAAUUUAAUAGCAAUUUUGUUUCUCCUUGUGGGAGUUUACACUGCAAUUGGGAUAUUCUGUCAAAUAUUUGUGUUCAAUUUGACGGGCGUUAGACUGACUGCGAGACUGCGGGUUGCUGCGUUCAAGUCAAUGUUGCGGCAGGAGAUAGGAUGGUUCGACAGGCCUGUGAACGGUAUUGGUGCGUUGUGUUCGCGCCUCGCAGCAGACGCAGCCGCUGUCCAGGGGGCAACAGGGACUCGAAUCGGCGCUCUCAUGCAGGCAACUGCCACAAUCACCAUCGGCAUCCUGCUGUCUCUGUACUACACAUGGCAGAUGACUCUGGUGUCGCUGGUGUCGGUGCCGCUGGUGAUAGCUGGCGUGGUGCUGGAGAGCCGGGUCCUCGCCGAGGGGAUCGCCACGGUGCGAGAGGCUUCGAACAGGGCCGUCACCAUCGCGACUGAGGCCAUCACUAAUAUACGCACAGUUUCUGCCUUUUGUGGUGAAGAAGGUAUUUUGAAUAGGUACCACGAAGCUGGUAGGAACGCUGCCGUUGCUGCCCGUAAGAGUUUACGGUGGCGCGGCGCCGUGUUCUCAUUUGGUCAAACUGCACCCGUCGCUGGAUACGCGCUCUCCUUAUGGUACGGAGGCGUGCUCGUUGCCAACAAGGAAGUGCCCUACAAGAAUGUCAUCAAGGUUUCGGAGGCGUUGAUUUUCGGUGCUUGGAUGAUGGGUCAGGCUCUGGCGUUCGCUCCGAACUUCGGUGCAGCUGUGUUGGCCGCCGGACGAGUCAUGAUAUUAUUGGCAAGAAAACCUCUCGUGGAAAGCUCACACGCACCCUCCGUUCCUGAGAACUUUGUAGCAAAAGGCAAGAUUCAGUACAAGAAUAUCAAGUUCAGAUACCCAACGCGGCGUGAAGUUGAGGUUCUGCGAGGGCUGUCGCUAGUGAUACCAAGUGGGAAACGCGUGGCACUCGUGGGGCCAAGUGGCUGUGGGAAGUCAACACUCAUCCAACUUCUGCAGCGCCUGUACGAUCCUGAUGAUGGAUAUGUGUACUUGGACGACUACAGCGUGACAGGCGACAUGCGACUCGAGACGCUGCGUCGCAACCUCGGGAUCGUGUCGCAGGAGCCCGUGUUGUUCGACCGCACCAUCGCGGAGAACAUCGCGUACGGUGACAACACUCGCGCCGUCCCCAUCGAGGAGAUCGUCUCUGCUGCUAAGGCCGCGAACGUACACACGUUUAUUGCCGCUCUGCCUACUGGCUAUGAAACCCGUAUCGGCGCCCGCGCGUCGCAGUUGUCGGGCGGUCAGAAACAGCGUAUUGCGAUCGCUCGUGCGCUUGUACGAAACCCGCGUGUUUUACUCCUCGAUGAAGCGACAUCUGCACUCGACACGCACAGUGAAAAAAUUGUUCAAGAGGCACUCGACCGGGCGAGCGAAGGCAGAACAUGUCUCAUAAUUGCACAUCGUCUGGCCACUAUACAAAACGCAGACAUGAUAUGUGUCAUAGACAAAGGCGUGGUCGCCGAAAUUGGUACACACCAAGAACUUAUAGCGAUGAAACGAAUCUACGCUAAACUAUACGAGCUCCAGUGUGGCUUCGUCGAGGAAGAUGAAAACGCUGAAGAAGAGUGAAGUGGCGCGGAAAAGACAGAAUUGUGGAUGUUAGUGCCUUAAGUGUGAGCCAGACCGAUACAUAAAUUUACACGAGUUAGAGAGAGAUGGGUAGUAGCCGUGCGCGUACAGAAUGGGAUUGUAUAUUGUCGUCAGAGACAGUCGUCUCUGUUUACUUCUCGCUUGCACACUACCUUUGUAAAAAAUACAAUUUUAGUGUUGUAUGAAUAAUCCACACCAUGCUACACAUGCAAAGAUUAUCUCAAUUUUGAUGGAGUACAUUUAUAGUGACGACAAGUUAAGUAGUUAAUGAUUAAAACAAAUUGUGAGACUGCCGACAGAAGUGAAAACUCAGAACUUUUAGUAUUAAAAUUUGAAAUUUCAUUAUGCUUGUAAACAAUGAAAUUAUUAAUAAUAUUUUAUAUUUUAAACUUAUUUUCAAGAAUAUAAUUAUUAAUCAAACAAAAACCACUAUUUCAAUAAUGCACAUCCAAAUGACAAACACAUGUAAAUCCAUUCAAUUUCACUUAUAUGAUAUACACAGCACUAAUGUUGCACCAUACGUCAGCUGUAUAGAUACAGAUAUACUGCUAUAAGCAUUUCGGUGACGCGAACUCACGAGAUCUUACCCAUCCAAAAUGUGUGUUUAUAUAUAUUUUUAUUUAUUAAUUAUUUAUCGGGUUCUUUAAUUUAGCGCCAUUCAUGAGCAUGUCGGUGACGCGAACACAUUAGAUUUUUCUGUACCAAAAUGGGCCCAACGUGGCUAAAGAAAAAUUUGAUAACUAAGUUACAAAGUAGAAUUAUGUAAAUUGGUAAAUAUGACCAGGACCGCGUGAUAGUGUACAGAAUGGCUGCAGCCCACCCUGUAGUUGCUAAUGAGUGUAAAGGACAACGUGACAGCCUAUUGCCUACCAUCAGGUGAACCUCAGUUCUUAAUAUAGUUGAGACUUAAUAUAGUUGUAGUUCUCCUCCAGAAAAAACUGUAACAACGCUAAAUCCCUGUAUUACCAGCACUGACGACCUAUCCUACAUUCCUAUAAAAAGACCCAUUAGAAUAAGUCCUUUAGUGACAAAUUAACAAAUGAAUGUUCCUGUAUCUUUUGAUUGUUUGCUUUAAAUAUAAUGAUUGUAUAUUCUCAUAUCUUUUUUUUGAGACCCAGAGUCUUCUUUAAAUGAAACAUAAUAUACAGGUGUAAUCGUUAAGUGUGUGUGAUUUUCUCUCACCCACUCGAACACUAAAUGAUUUAAAUCAUACCUAGUCUUAUAAAUAUAUGCUUUCUAGUGCCUAAAUAAUUUGAUACAGUGCCUUUCUAAUGUUAUUUAAAUUAUUUAAAUGUGUUUGAUAGAAUGUAUUAGAUAAAUAUUAUCUCUAGCGUUUCGCUUUACAUUAGCAUUCUUAUUUAUGUAUUUAUGCUUUUCGAAAUUGUGGCCAAAAUUGUUUAUUUAAGUAAAGUUUUCUGUAUAUGUGUAUGAUAUGAAUGUUAAUAGUAUUUUGUUAGUAUUUUUUGGAAAAUAAAGUUGCUUGUUACUUU